AUGCCCUCGCCUCGGUUCGCUCCUCACGGUCGUCCACAGCACUCCAUGUUCACAACCAUCCUCGUAAGCGUCCAACCGAAGGGAAAUCCGCAGCCAAACGUCCCAACUGCCAGGUCGGAACGCAUCAGCAGAGGCCGCAACAACUCGCAGUCUCGCCCUCAUUUCAGCUUUUGCCGAGAAGAGAACAAGACUCCCAAGAAGCCCCAGCCACCACCUUCCGCCAUGGCCAAGUCGCGAGACGUCAACAGGGAGGCCGUCCUGCGACGGCUGCGCGCACGCCUCGAUCGCCGGUCCCGGGGCGCGGACGCUGAUGCCGAUGCCGAUGCCCAGCUCCGUGCCCAAGUGGACUUCUACGUACGCCUGCGCGCGGCGCUCUUCGUCAACAGUGGCUCCACGAACGUGGACGCCGUGGACGCCGUCGCCGUCGCCGUCUUGGCCGACGACACGCUCUUUCCCGUCGAGCUACUAGAGACCGUGACCCUGCUGCCGCUGACCGACGCGUUGCGGGUCGUUGCUGCUCCCGCUCACGACCUGUUCACCGUCCCUGGGGCUUCAGCACGCUCGACCACCAAGCGUCCGACCACUCGCAGUGCGUCCAAGUCGCCACCGGCCAAGAACCAGCGCAAGUCCAAGGACCAGGACCAGGACGACGAGGAGGACGACAACGAGGACGACGGCACGGAGGCCUACACGUUUUCCUUGCCCGACAAGUAUCCCGCCGCCAUCCGCCGCGACAUUAACAAGAUUGUCAAGCAGGCGGACGCGCAGGGCAAGACUCCGCCUCGCAUGGCGUACCCGUGGGUUGGCCAGCGUGCGUGGUACGACCCGCAGGAGCACCCCGCGCUUCACGUGGCGCAUUGGCGCUUCUGGAUGCACUGGCGCGACGUCUUCUUCGCCUGCGCGCUGUAUGCGCCCUCUGACGAGUGGACGGCCCGCCGCAAGAAGAAGUCGAAGCCGGCCAGGCGCGACUCGAGUUCGGCUUCUACGGGCAAGGCCGCCCGCCGGUCGACCGCAGCCAAGGCGAACGCGAAGUCCUCCUCGGACGCGACCGUGGUCACGGACCUCGCCACGCUGUACCGCCACGAGCGCGGACGUUACGACGCCAUCAUCGCGCGCGCACUUGACCCGUUCCGCGUGGAUGAGGACGGUUACCAGUCCAUCUCCGAGCUGCUCGAGCAGACGAAGGCGCUGGACCCGACCAAGCCUCCCCACCUCCGACUCAGCGACGAGGCCCUCGCGCGCGUCGUCAUCGACGUCACCGGCGGCGACCCGCCCAACCCGUCUUGGAAGGGCAAGCAACCGUUCCCGCCCCAGAAGGCGUACGACGAAGACAAGGAGCAGCGCGACAACUACUCCGACUUCGCGGACGACGAGGACAUGUUCACGGUGUUGCCCCCGACGUCGCAUUCGGACGAGGAAGAGGACGGCGAACCCGAGGAGCUCAGCGAGAAGCUGCCCGAAGCCGAAGUCGACCAGGACCAAGAAGACGACGAAGAAGGCGAGCAGGCCGACCAAGAAGACGAAGAGGAGCACAGCUCGGGCGUCAACGAGUCCACGGACGACGACAAGAAGAGCAGCGCGGGCGACGAGGCCGAUAACUCGGCGGUCAAGAAGAAGAGCACCGCCUCCUCGGCGACACCCAAGUCCAAGUAA